AUGGCGCAGAUUACCUUCCUUCAUUUUUCAGAGGGCUCCCCGAUUCUGAAGGAAAAAGAGGCUAAACGGCUCCUGAGGUCCCGGAGACAGGACAGGCUGAGCAAGCCUGGAUUUCCCGACGAGCCAAUGAGGGAGCACCUGCACCACCUCCUGGCCCUGGAGCACCAUGCCGAGGAGCAGUUCCUGGAGCACUGGCUGAACCCUCACUGCAAGCCCCACUGUGACAGGAACACAGUGCACCCCGUGUAGGGCUGGGGGCCCUGGCCAGUUUUGAUAAGCAGUCACCUGGAUGAUGCUAAAACAGGACAAGGCUCCUUCUUCCAUUUGAAUUUAAACUGUGGAAACAGACGUCUUCAGACUUCAUGAAGUUGUGGCCCUCGUGGGUGUGCGAAGGUUGCCUCAGGGAUGGAUGGCAAAUAUAUAUUCUGCUUCAUUUUAUUAACCUGCAUAAAUCAUUAAAACAAACAGCUUAAAGUACAUAGCCCCAAAGGGUUUCCUACCAGUUUGUAAGUGUGGGCACAAUCUGAGUCUUUCCUGGGAGUGGGGGAGC